UCAACCCGGAAAAAGGAAGUCCAACACUGAUAACCAAAACAAGGAAGCUGACUGUACAAAUCUCCCACAACAUCGUCGCCUGUACAGGCAUCUUUUUAAUGUUUAUCUUUUCAAUAUUUGUGGACAAAUAUAAGUGCUUCUGUAAACAACUUAAUCUGAUACUGGGAUAGAGGGCGGUGUAACAGAAAGCUAACUAGAUUGAUAAGUAGCUCGCUAGCAUUCCUGACUAGCUGAUUAGUUUCGUUUCCUAGUAACGUUAUGCUAGUUCUCUAACUGCUGAUAACUACUUAUGUGUGCGUUCUCGUAAACGUUAGAUAGCAAGUAAGCGAAAUAAUUGAACUGCGCAAUUGGAAUAUGGACAGAUUGAAAUGUAUUUCGGGAUAAAUCCGCUACCUAGCUAAGAUGGCUAACUUGGCUCACUAGCAAGGCAAGAUCAGCAAGGCUACCCAACAAGCUAGCCGGAACUAGCUAACUUGUCUUAAAGUGUCAAUCAAUGGAAGCAAUCAAAUCGGCAUAAAAACAUUCUUUUAUGGCAUUUCUGAUUUCGUUUGGACGCAGCGAUUGGUAUGACAACCGAAUGCAACACAGACCAUCACCUGGCGUAGUACUAGCUAGCUGCAUUAGCUAGUGCUGUAUUCGACCAAAUUAUUCCCAUGUCAUCUGCAGCAAGAUCAGUUUUUGCUUGGGCCUCUGCAGUCCCAGUUCCUGCACUCACGCCGAAAUGACCUGAGACGGAAUCGUCCGCGCCGUCAGACCUCUCAAACAUGGCAGGGAUAGCGUGGUAUCAGGAGAAGAUUGGGGCGUAUGAUCAGCAAAUCUGGGAGAAAUCCCUGGAGCACACCGAAUUGAAGGGCAUUGGCAGCAAACCAAAGAAGACAGGGCACAUCAAAGCUGAUCUUAUUGAUGUCGACUUGGUUAGAGGCUCCACAUUCAGCAAGGCCAAGCCCGAGAGCCCGUGGACCGCUCUGACCCGGAAAGGUCUGGUCAGAGUGCUCUUCUUCCCCUUCUUCUUUCAAUGGUGGACCCAGGUGACGUCCAGGUGCAUCUCUGUCUGGCUGCUGCUUCUCUACCUCCUGCAAGUGGCAGCGCUGGUCAUGUGCCUGGAGGUGCCGGCGGCCAGUGCGAGCGAGGUGCUGGAGCCCGUGUGUCUGAUGCUGCUGCUGGGCACGGUGCACUGUCAGAUAGUCUCCACCGAGUCCAACAGGAGCCCCGCGGCCAGCCCUGCAACCAGCCCCACGCGCAGGAAGAGGCAAAGGAAGGGGCGGGGCCUGAAGAAAGCAGAGGAGCAGACAGAUGGUUUGGAAUCAGAGGUACAGGCCUGGCAACUGCUGGAGAAUCGGAGGCUUUACCGUGGUGAGAGGAAACAGAACAGCGUGGGGCGGUCAGCGUUCGGGGCGUCCGAUGAGCUGUCCAGCGAGGAGGAGGUCGAGCCCUACCGCCUGUCCUCGUGCGAGAGGCACAUCCUGGCAGACGGAGCCACGCCCGCCACCAUCCUGAGGAACAGGAGCCGCCACUCACAGCAGAGCCCCGCCUCCGCUCGGCAGGGGGACAGGCCCGAGACCGCCAAGCUUCCCCCGCGCGAGGUCGAACGCCUGCGGCCCUCCGAGUGCCCCCGGCCCGCCUCGGACACCGACGACGCAAUGUGGGAGGAGCUUCUCCAGGACCCGGACUCCGCCUCCACGGGCAGCACCGACAGCGAGGGAGGGGGCUCCCACUGCCACGGCCUGGCCCCACCUAACAUCCUCUCCAGCGAAGACGAGAGCUUCCAGCCAGGCAACCUGUCCUGGCUCCAGGCGUGCCACCCCUCCAAUGACCGCGUGAGCGCCAUCAUCUGGGAGCAGGGGGAGUGUAAAAAGGCAGACAUGUCUGUGCUGGAGAUCAGCGGGAUCAUUCUGACUCGGGUGAAGACGGUAGAGCAGGGCGUGGGCUACCUGAUGCUGGGAGGGGUGCUGACCACCACGCUGGCCCUGCUCCCCUUCUGUUUCCGGGUGACCCAGCAGCUGAGCGCGAGCCAGCAGCUGAACGUGACCCAGCAGGUGAGCGUGACCCAGCUGGGCUGGGUCUCCCUGGCGGAGCUGGUGGACAUGGCCUUGGGCCCGCUGGACGCGCGGGCGUACGUGCUCUUCCUCAUCACCACGCUGGAGCGGGUGUGCCUCACCGGCCUCUUCUUCUUCAUGAUGUGCGUGGCCGAGCGGACGUACAAGCAGCGCCUCCUCUUCGCCAAGCUGUUCAGCCACCUGACGUCCGCGCGCAAGGCCAAGAAGUCGGAGAUCCCCCACUUCAGGCUGAAGAAAGUGCAGAACAUAAAGAUGUGGUUGUCGCUGCGCUCCUUUCUCAAGAGGCGUGGCCCCCAGCGCUCGGUCGACGUCAUCGUCUCCUCCAUCUUCCUCCUCGCCCUCUCCAUCGCCUUCAUCUGCUGUGCACAGCCUGCUCUGCCCCGCCCCCCGCCCGACCCCCAGCUCCUCCACAGCCACCACACAUUCCUGGACUCGCAGAUCAACUGGGAGCUGAUGAUCUGGGGGACGUCGCUCAUCGUGUUCCUGCUCCGCCUGGCCACCCUGGGCGCCGAGACCAACCAGAAGUACAGCAACGUGUCCGUGCUGCUGACCGAGCAGAUUAAUUUGUAUCUGAAGAUGGAGAAGAAGCCCAACAAAAAAGAGGAGCUGAACAUUGUGAACAACGUGCUGAAGCUGGCCACGAAGCUGAUGAAGGAGCUGGACACGCCCUUCCGGCUGCUGGGGCUGACCGUGAACCCCCUCAUCUACAACAUCACGCGGGUGGUGAUCCUGUCGGCCGUUUCCGCCGUGGUCAGUGACCUGCUGGGCUUCAACAUCAGGCUGUGGAAGAUUAAACCAUGAAAGCCAUGUUGUUAUCUCAACCACCACUCCCACCAACCCCCCCCCCCCCACACACCCUUGGAGGAUGAGCACAGGCAGGCGCACUGAGCGACCGGGGUUGCUCUGACGACCAGCCGAACGUGCAAACCUACUGACUGUCCUGCGCCUGGGAGCCUGAGGGCACAGAGGAACCUCAACAUGGGCGCCCAAAUUUCACCACUCCGAUCUGAGGACCUGUGAAGUGUAAAUGAUAUACUAGCUAGUCCAUCACUGUAUUGCAAGGCCUUGGCAAUUAAAGGAAGUAUUCACAAUGCCUUUUUCCCCCAUGUUUUUUUGUUUUUUUCUCCCCCCCCCCUUCCAUGCUCCAGGGUUUUAGUCCGCUGCGGGUCAUUGUACUGUCAGCAGUAGCCGAAGAGUGCCUUUUUUUUUUCGACAAUCACAUGGAUUGGAGCGAGGAAUUCACAGGGAAUAGUUCAUUGUAUUUGGCUUUCCCUUGCGGAAACGGAACGGACAGUGGGGGGUGGGGGGGGUGGGGAGACAGGAAAUUCUACAAUAUCCGGAAGUGCGAAGCAGGGUCUGGAGCAGAGAGAGAUUGAAAAUGUUUGAGAUCAGUUAGCGGCCGUGUCCUUGCAACUGUCAUUUCCACAGCACAAUUGAAAUGGGUAGAUUUGUAGCAUUGUUGGGAGCUAACGGAAAACUACAAUAGCUGAUAUUAUUUAAAAUAUUUUAUUUCACUGUCAAUCUUUUUGUUUUUAGUUUUAGUUGGUUUUUGGUUUUUAGAAUAACUGUUUUCCCCCAAAGCCCAUAGUUUCCAAGCUUGAGCUUUCCUUGCACUUUGCAUUUUAGUUAUUAAUAUAUUUAUGAUUGUUGAAAUAUACUGUUUUUUUUUGUUUUUUUUUUCAGUGACAUGUACUGGGUUCUGAAAACUGUAGACCACUGUGAAAACCAACAUUUUCACUUGCCGCCGAGCUUGAAUGAAAAGAUUUGUUGAACUUGACAUUCCCCUGUUACAAAAAAAAACUCAAUGUAUGUUCAGCAGCGCUAGCUGUGUGCUGGCAGUGUGGUGGACAAAUGCAUUUGUUAGCACUUUCAAAGGGUUUAUAUUUUUUUGUGGAAUGCAUUCCUCCAGUGCUAUUUCAUGUUUCAGUAUCAUAAAUGCCUACAUUGCCUUU